GCUCACGGCCCCGCCCGGCCGGCCCAGCACAGCACAUGCCCACAGCGGGGCCGCCGCCGCCUGCACUGCCCGGCCGUCGCCUCCGCGGCCUCCGCCGAUAUGAAUUACUCUAGGUUCAUCACCACUGUAAGUGCAGCAAGAAAAGCAUCACCAAUACGACUCCUGACUGAACUGAUGCAGAARUCUCCUCCAUCUCUCAUCUCUCUGGCUGGAGGGGCACCAAAUCCUAAUGUUUUUCCUUUUAAGAGAGCAACUGUUGACAUUGGACAUGGAACUCCUAUUGAGAUUGGGGAAGAUCUGAUGAAGAGAGCUCUCCAGUACUCAGCCUCAGCAGGGAUUCCAGAGCUAUUGUCUUGGCUAAAAGAUUUCCAGCGGAACCUGCAUGAUCCCCCCACAGCCAAUUACAGUCCUGAAAAAGGACAGAUGGAAGUUUGUGUCACAACUGGCAGCCAGGAAGGCUUGUGUAAAGUGUUUGAAAUGCUCAUUAAUCCUGGAGACAACAUUCUUUUGGAUGCGCCCACAUACUCUGGGACACUAGCAGCUCUGAGACCMUUGGGUUGUAAUAUAAUUAAUAUUCCUAGUGACCAACAUGGCAUUAUUCCAAAAGCUUUAAAAGAAAUUCUGUCUGCUUGGAGCCCAGAAGAUGUAAAGAAUUGUAGCCAUCACCUCCCCAAAUUCCUGUACACUAUUCCAAAUGGAUGCAACCCAACUGGCAACUCUCUGACGGCAGAGCGCAAGAAGGAGAUUUACCAGCUUGCAAGGAAAUAUGACUUUCUCAUAAUAGAAGAUGAUCCUUACUACUUUCUUCAAUUUGAAAAGCCAUGGGCUCCAACUUUCCUCUCAAUGGAUGUGGAUGGCCGAGUUAUCAGGACCGACUCUUUCUCUAAAAUUCUCUCAUCUGGUUUAAGAAUAGGUUUUCUGACGGGUCCCAAGCCUCUCAUCGACAGAAUUGUUCUACACAUUCAAGUGUCAACAAUGCACACCAGCACUUUCACACAGAUUAUGAUAUCACAGCUGCUUCAGCAAUGGGGACAAAAGGGUUUCUUGGAGCAUAUAGACAGAGUGGUGGACUUCUACAGGAUCCAGCGGGACGCCAUGCUCAGUGCUGCUGACAAGUGGUUAAAAGACUUGGCAGAAUGGUACCCUCCUGCUGCUGGCAUGUUCUUAUGGAUCAAAAUUAAGGGUAUUUCUGAUACACAGCAGCUGAUAAUGGAAAAGGCUUUGAAGAAAGAAGUAUUACUGGUUCCUGGAGGAGCAUUCAAUAUUGAUAGUUCAGAGUCUAGUUCUUAUGUCAGAGCCUCCUUCUCUUUGCCUUCUCCUGCCCAAAUGGAUCUGGCCUUCAAGAGACUGGCUGACCUUAUAAAAGAAUCUUUGUGAAAAAGCAAAAUAGAACUCUUGCAGUAAUAAAAAUCAUCUGCAGAAAAUAUUUUUUAACAUUUGGAUUUCAUCAAAACACCUUACAAGCAAAUAUAGAUAUACAAUAUAGAGAAUGUUUCCUUAGGUCUUUUCAGCUAAAAAAAAAAAAAAAAAAAAAAAAAAAAAAAAAAAAAAAAAAAAUGAAAGUAAAAAACAAUUUGCCUAACUAUUUUUGACAGGAAAUCGCAUUACUAAAUUUAUCCAAUUCAGAAACAUUUAAAAAAAACUCAAAACCAAAAUGUUCUAUUUUCUGUAAAAUCUAUGGUUUUGUUAGAUUUGAAUUGAUUUUUGUUGGACUUGUGUUUUCCAUUGUAGUUGGGAAACAGAAAUCAUUUACUUAGGAAUUUGCAUUUGAGGUGGUCUUAGCCGCUAACUUAAUCUCAGCUGAUACAUUCCUCCAAAAUCUUACGUUGGAAUUGUCUUACAUGUCAUUUUCCUUCUUGUCCUACUGUAUGGCAUCUGAUUUUAACUAUUUGAUCAGUAUUUAAUUUUACUGAAGUUUUGUCAGAUAAAGGUGAUAUAAGUAUGUUAAAAAAGUGAAACUGAUCCACCAAAAUUAGGCUAUGAUUUCAAAUAAGCUGAGGUCCCUUGCAAUUUGCACGGGCUUUGCAGCUCUUUCUCAAUUUGUAAAAGGUAUUCUGAUUGCUGGCUUUUACUUCAGUCUGAAAAUAAUUACUCUAUAUACCUGUGUUAGAAAAUCUCUGGUUUGCCAAGGCACACGGGUGUACUAAUGGAACUGCUCUUGGUAAUCAAUCAGAUGUGGUUUUGAAUGGACAGUGUAAGUAACUGAACAGGGAAAAUGGUGGAAUGGACACUGCCAGAUGUACAAUACAGGCAAAAUGAAAAAAUAAAGAAAUGUUUCAGUCAUUUA